UAGUUCUCGUGUCGCUGGCGCCACCGAUUCUAACUGUAAUGGUGGAUUUACAAGGUUGGCUUGUGUGUUUUUUUCAGUUCAAGGAAACUAAGGUUGAGUUCGUUAGCAAUUGAGGAAAAUUGUGAAAGGAAAUUCGAAAUAAUCCGCCGAUGAAGUAUCGUCAGAGGCAGUCCAACGGAAUAUCAGGACAGGGACAUCCGAAACGUUCGCGAAUUUCGAAAAGCCCGCCCGCGAAUCGUGUUAUGGCCGGUAAGUUGUGUUGCAACACCACCGUUUUUCGCCAACUGUGACCUCGAUAAGGGGAAAUGUGAAAAAAGGUCGUGCAAAAUCCAAAAAUUGUACAUGAUGGAAGGAGGCAAUGGAGAAACCCAGUGGUGCUUCUCGCAAGUUAAGGGAACUCUGGACGAUGACGUGACUGAAGCUGAUAUUAUAUCGUGUGUAGAAUUUAAUCAUGAUGGUGAAUUGUUGGCGACCGGCGAUAAAGGGGGACGGGUUGUAAUUUUCCAAAGAGACCCCAUAAGUAAGGCGGCUUUGCCAAGACGCGGCGAGUACAAUGUCUACUCCACCUUUCAGAGCCACGAGCCCGAAUUUGACUACCUCAAGAGUUUGGAAAUUGAGGAAAAAAUCAACAAAAUUCGAUGGUUGAAGCGAAGAAACCCUGCACAUUUCCUGCUUUCAACCAAUGAUAAAACAAUAAAGUUAUGGAAGGUCUCUGAACGAGACAAAAAGGUUGAAGGCUACAAUACGCGAUCAGAUAAUGGUUCCCUAAUUGAUCCGGCAUCAGUUAGCUCACUUCGCGUGCCUAUAAUAAAACCCAUGGAACUAAUGGUGGAGGCAUCGCCCCGGAGGAUUUUUGCCAAUGCCCACACUUACCACAUUAAUUCCAUUUCGGUCAAUUCCGACCAGGAGACUUACCUUUCAGCAGACGACUUGCGCAUCAAUCUCUGGCACUUGGAGAUUACUGAUCAAAGUUUUAAUAUUGUCGAUAUCAAACCAGCCAAUAUGGAAGAACUGACUGAAGUUAUUACAGCUGCCGAAUUUCAUCCGGUUGAGUGCAACUUGUUUGUCUAUAGUAGUAGUAAAGGGACUAUUAGAUUAUGUGAUAUGCGUGCUGCGGCGCUUUGUGAUCGCCAUGCCAAGUUGUUUGAGGAACCAGAAGAUCCGACGAAUCGCAGUUUCUUUUCUGAAAUUAUAUCUAGUAUAAGCGACGUUAAAUUGUCGAAUAAUGGCAGGUACAUGAUUUCUAGGGACUAUCUCUCAGUGAAAGUGUGGGAUUUGCAUAUGGAGUCAAAACCUAUUGAAACUUACCCGGUUCAUGAAUACUUGCGAGCAAAACUCUGUUCGCUGUACGAGAACGAUUGUAUAUUUGACAAAUUCGAAUGUUGCUGGAACGGCAACGACACGGCCGUCAUGACUAGUUCCUACAACAAUUUCUUCCGCAUAUUCGACAGGACAACAAAACGCGACGUGACUUUAGAAGCGUCCAGAGACAUCGCAAAGCCGAAGACGCUGCUAAUGCCGCGUAAGGUAUGCUCGCAAGGUAAACGGAAAAAGAACGAGAUUAGUGUUGAUUGUCUGGACUUUAACAAAAAAAUCCUUCACACCGCGUGGCAUCCCCUAGAAAAUAUAAUUGCUGUAGCCGCGACGAAUAACUUGUUUUUGUUCCAGGACAAGUUUUAGUUUGGACAAUUAAUAUUACAAUUGUGUAGUGAAUGUGGUCGAUGGAAAACUCGUUCUGGGUCGUGGGUGAGAGAACCUGAUUCUUAUUUGUGUCGUAGAAAGACCGAUAUUGUGAGCUGGCUCCGAUUGAUAAAGUAAUAUGAUUAACAACCAAUUAUUUACCCCGGUGUAGAUGUAAAGUUGUAUAUUAUUUUGUCAAUACUAAAUCAAUAAUUAUAAUUACUCUCGUCAUAUUAAGAAUUUCAAGUGAUUGCAAGCUCCCAAUUUUAAGAGUUAGGAACAUAAAAGCGGCCUUUAAACGUUCGGAAAUUCGAUGUUUUUCAGAGAUUUGAUGAAAUGUUAGUAUGGCUUUGUCGUUCCUGACUGUGGGCGCAACGUACCAGCAAAGCUCAUUGCGUUCAGUAUGGAAAGUCCACGAUUUCCACAUAUUCGGCCCGAGGAUUUGUUAAAUUUUCUACUUUUUUCUAUUAGCUCAAACAACUCGCAAUCGAAUGACAAAGUCGUACAGUUUUAAAAGAUCAGCAGAUUUUGAUCAUUUUGCUCAUGCAUACAUACAUAUUUAGGCUAAGUUGCGUUAUUGUUCGAGAAUCGGUGGCAGUGUAUCGGAAUCCAGUGGAGAUUCCAAUGAAUUUACGGCGAUUGAGGUGAAUGAAAAACGAGAUAUAUAUUUUUUCAAAUCUCCAAAUGAAGCGUUUGAAAAUUGAAUGCAGACGAUAUUCACUGGAUUUCAAUAUGUAGCAACUUUAAUUUGUGCCAUACUCAAAAAUAGUCUAUACCUCUCAUUCUCAUUGUGCAAGAAAUUGGCCUGAAAAUUCAAGUUUAAUGUAAAGCUUGCGGGUUUAAAAAACCAAUUGAUUAACUCUCGUUUCAGACGCAGGUUGUUUUGAGCCGGCAAAUUCACUUUAGAUAUUUCAUGUGACACGUCUGACUAAAACCACUUAUAUGAAAAUUUCUCAGUGUUCUAUAAGUUAAUAUCCGUGUCCGGAAAACAUCGUUUCACCAAAAUAAGGAGCAAAUAUUUUUUUAUAACAAUAAAAUCGGAAAUGCGCCUCCGGGACGACACUGCAAUAGAUUAAUUAUAUCAAUCCAGUCUAUGGUCUUUUUAAACCAUCGGCUUGUGUCGCCAAAACGAAGCAAUUUUGUGGUUUUACCUUUAUAUUUAAUCUAACGCAUUUUAAUCUCUCGACGUAUUUCAGUUUUUAAUUAAGCAUUCAUAACAAGUAAAGUGUGUUUUUGCGAGGAAGAUAAAGUCUUUAACCGGAUAGUUGAGAAUAGUGAUAUUGGCAGUAUUUUCUGAUUAAUGUUUCUACCGGACAGUACUUCUAAUUGCAUUAAUUUGUCGCACUAUUGGCAUUGGUUUAUUGAAAAAGCCCUUUUUUGUGCGGUAUGAUUGAACUUUUUUUUUGUAUUUUAUCAAUCUAGAAACCAGCCAUUUAUUAUCGGAAAAAACAUUGAUUGUCUUCAAAACUUUUUAUUAGAGUAAGAUUUCACUUUUCGUUUCGAAAACCUAAUAAAACCCCUAAUACACUGCCACAUCAUAUGUAACUAAUAUUAAUACUUAACAAUGUAUUAUGUAUUUUUAAGUAUACCUUCCAUUUUUUUGGACUUUGUUAAAAUAUAAGGCAUCAUUUCCCCUUUUUUGUUCUGCUGCACAAAUUUUAUUAAAGGCUGCAACUUUCUCACAUAAAUCUCAGAAAUUGUACAUACCUGAACUUGUUAUAAAUAAAUAAAAUGGUAAUGUGAUAAAUCUAAAAAAAUAAAGAGUUUAUACAAGAA